CUUCUCACGACACUGCCGGCCGGCCGGUGCGGGCGCAAGUUUGAAAGGUCGCAAAUUGAAUAGUUUGAAAUUUAUGAUGCAAAGUUGACAUGUCUUCUGUGCAACAAUUACAUACCAAUUGCAGUUAACGGUUAUUAAUAAUGGCAGAGGGAAUCAGAACAAGGAGUCAACAACUUAACUUAAGCUUAAGGAAGGAGAAUGAGCAAAAGCUGCGCACUGCUGUUGCAUUGUUAAAAGUUCAGGAUGUGAGAAGGAUAUUAGAGAGUGGACUUUCACCAAAUAAUGUUGACAGUUUUGGUUGGACUCUACUUCAUGUUGCAGCCUACCAUUCACGGGACAGAAUGAUGAGGUUAUUACUUGAAUUCAAAGGUGAUCCCUGUAUACCGGACAAGAUAGCACAUUUCACAUGCCUGCACUACGCAUCCAUGAAUGGAAAGACACGCAUGGCUAAACUGAUCCUUGAAUACGAUGAAGCUCACACUAAACAGGGACUUGUUAACCAGAAAGGCAAAGAAGGACUGACUGCACUACACCUAGCCGUCAGGAAUGGUCAUACGGCCUGUGUCAGGCUUCUCCUGCAACAUCAUGCAGAUGUCAAUGCGAAAAGUACAGAAGAAAUCACUCCGCUGGUGCUCGCCAUAGUCUGGGAGAGGAUAGGUUGCUUGAAAAUGUUAAUCAACUGGUCAGCGGAUAUAGAUACGGAUGUUGGUCUUCCUCUUCAGUAUUCAAUCAUGAAAGGACGUUCCCAUUGUACAAAAAUGUUACUGCAGCAUGGCGCCAAUCCAAAUUUAAAACACUACGAAGAUGGUCAAGCGCCAUUGCACAUUGCGGCCAUGAAAGACGAUCUCAAUACAUGUGUUAUACUCUAUGCUUAUGGUGCUGAUUGUGUGAAUAAGAACGAGGAUGGCUUAACUCCAGUAGCAGUGGCCAGACAAAGAUCCUCACUUGAUCGUCCGUGCCUUCAAUAUCUAACAGAAGUUUCACGGAAUCCUCGGUCUUUGCAAGAUAUGUGUCGAAUAGUGAUUCGAAACAGCAUUGGAAAAUCAAGGCUGUCGAAAAUUAACAGUCUUCCCCUGUGCAGGAUUAUGCUGGAAUAUUUAUCUUAUAAAUUUGAUGGCUGACAAGACAACAUAGACAUAUAUUUAACUAUGUGUAUUUGUAAUAUAAUUAUUUGAUGGUUUACAGCAUCUUGUAACAUACUGUACAUGUGUAUAGUGAGGAGGAUGUGUGUCCUGUACAUCCGCCAUAUUCGACAGCAAUUUUGUGUGAUGGCGUGCAAAACCUCACUAAUAGGAAGCCUACACACUAUAUUACAGCCAAUCAAGGAUAGGAGACCUCAGGAUUUUGCCACUUUUAAAAAUUGAUUAUCUUUACCAUUCAAAUGCAUUUUAUUCAAGUAACUUCACAAAUGUAAAAUGUCUGCACACUAUAUAACAGCCAGUUAAGGGUGGCAAGCUCAGGCUGUUUAUAUUUUUAACUGUCAUGGAGGAAUGAUUGCAGCACAUAGGAGAGCCUUUUUUUAAAGACUCAGUUUUUUAUACCACAUUUUGGAUCAUGGCACUUUUAAAAUUGUUAAUCAUUAUCAUUCAAUAUGCAUUUAAAGCUCUGUCCAGAAUCGAAUUGUAUGCCCAUAUAUAGUCAUGAUGUGCCUAUAAAUCAGGGGUGGGCAUAAAAACCGGUCGGAGGACCAAAGUGAAUUUUUAAUUUAACACCGCGGGCCGCACCCAAACUUUUAUGCUUCCAGCGAGCUCCAAAAACCUCCAGGCACUGCUUUUACACCACUUUAUUCUCGGUUUUAAUGUUAAUUUUUACAUAUAAUGGGUGUCGGGCCGUAAAAAUUCAUUGUCACAGGCCGCAAACAAAUCGCUGUCGGGCCGCAUGCACUUUGCCCACUUGUGCUAUAUAUGGUCAUGAUGUGAUGUCAUGAUGACCAUAUUUAAGCAUGUCACUUGUUUUUGUCAAAUAAAAUUUAGUCUGGACAGGGCUUUAUUAACUUCACUUUUUUAUAUAAAAGCACUUUAGAUAAUUUGUGUAUUUUUUAUAUAAUAUAUCAUACUGAAACACCACACCUUUAUUACAUUGUUGUGUCUUGCUGCUGUAUAAAUAUAUAAUUUACUGUAGAUCCAUAA